CCUAUCUGUGGACGACGCUCGUCUCGACCGUAACCACACGCGCCUCCGCACGCCGCACUAAAACGUCCUGAAUUUGGACCAAACGUGCCGAAUCGCAAGCGGGAAAGCGGGCGAAAAUGCGGGCGAGGAGGACAGCGGAGUACCGCGAGGAACCUUGGCCACCGAAAGAGGAGAAGGAGCCACGAGGUCAACGACCGGACGCCGCGUUCGAUCUGCGGCCUCCGACUGUGCCACGCGGCGCAGAGAUCGCUGAGGCUCUUCGUCCUGAGCGGCAGGACCCGGAGCCCCCUCACAUUAAAGAGGAAGUGGAGGACGAAGUGGUCCACCACAUCAAAGAAGAAGAGAAAUUGGAGCCCACUCCCCUUAAAAAAGAGGAUGCGGAAGAGCACCCCCACAGCAAACAUGAAGUAGAGGAGGACAACACCACGUUUCUAUCGACUGGUGUCCCUUUGAAGACUAAAGAUGAAGGCCAAAGUGAGGAGAGCGGAGGGGCGGAGCCUCCAAGCCGCAGCUCCAGUCAAUACAUAACAACAGAAGGUGAUGGAGACCCCUGUGGAGGAUCACAACCAGACGGACUCUUUGCUCCACAAUCAGAUAGUGACUACAUGAUGUCGCACUCUACUCACACUGAUGAAAGUGAUGAUGAUGGACAGUCGGAAGUUGACAUGACAUGUCACACUGACAACAAACAAUGCAAAUGUUCUCAGUGUGGGAAAACAUUUGCUUAUAAGAGCAUUUUGAAACAACACGUGAGAACACACACUGGAGAAAAACCUUUUGCCUGCUCAGUUUGUGGUCUAAGAUUCUCGAGGAAGGAAAGCUUAAAAAGACACACAAGAACCCACACUGGCGAGAAACCUUUUUCCUGCUCACUUUGCGGUCAAAGAUUCUCUGAAACGGGACACUUAAAAAUACACACAAGAACACACACUGGCGAGAAACCUUUUGCCUGCUCACUUUGCGGUCAAAGAUUCUCUGAAACGGGACACUUAAAAAUACACACAAGAACACACACUGGCGAGAAACCUUUUGCCUGCUCAGUUUGUGGUCUAAGAUUCUCUGAAACGGGACACUUAAAAAGACACACAAGAACCCACACUGGUGAGAAACCUUUUUCCUGCUCAGUUUGCGGUCAAAGAUUCUCUGAAACGGGACACUUAAAAUUACACACAAGAACACACACUGGUGAGAAACCUUUUUCUUGUUCAGUUUGCAGUAAAAGAUUCACCCGGAAGGGAGAUCUAAAAAUGCACACGAGAACCCACACGGGUGAGAAACCUUUUUCCUGCUCAGAUUGUGGCCAAAGCUUCUCUAUGAAGGGACACUUAAAAAUACACACAAGAACACACACUGGUGAGAAACCUUUUUCUUGUUCAUUUUGCAGUAAAAGAUUCACUCAGAAGGGACAGUUAAAAAGACACACCAGAACCCACACUGGCGAAAAACCUUUUUCCUGCUCAGAUUGUGGCCAAAGAUUCUCUAUGAAGGGACACUUAAAAAUACACACAAGAACACACACUGGUGAGAAACCUUUUUCUUGUUCAUUUUGCAGUAAAAGAUUCACUCAGAAGGGAGAUUUAAAAAAACACACAAGAACCCACACUGGUGAGAAACCUUUUUCCUGCACUGUGUGUGGGAGAGCAUUCACUCAGAAGACAUACUUAAAAAGACAUACAAGAACGCACACUGGUGAGAAACCUUUUUCCUGUUCAGUUUGUGGUCAAAGUUUCUCUGUGAAAGGAAACUUAAAAAAACACACAAGAACCCACACUGGUGAGAAACCUUUUUCUUGCGCUGAUUGUGGCCAAAGAUUUUCUGAAAAGGGAAGCUUACAAAAACACACAAGAACACACACUGGUGAGAAACCUUUUUCCUGCACCGUUUGUGGUCAGAGAUUCUCUGUGAAGGAAAGCUUAAAAAUACACACAAGAACGCACACGGGUGAGAAACCUUUUGCCUGCUCAGUUUGUGGUCAAAGAUUCUUUGUGAAGGAAAGCUUAAAAUUACACACAAGAACCCACACUGGAGAGAAACCUUUUCCCUGCUCAGUUUGUGGUAAAAGAUUCGCUCACAAGGGAGUUUUAAAAAUACACACAAGAACCCACACUGGUGAGAAACCUUUUUCCUGCACCGUUUGUGGUCAAAGAUUCUCUGAAAAGGGAAAUUUAAUUAAACACACCAGAAUCCACACUGGAGAGAGACCUUUUUCCUGCUCAGUUUGCGGUCAAAAAUUCACUCAGAAGGGAAACUUAACAGAACACACAAGAACCCACACGGGUGAGAAACCUUUUUCCUGCACAGUUUGUGGUCAAAGAUUCUCUGUGAAGGGACACUUAAAAAUACACACAAGAAGCCACACUGGUGAGAAACCUUUUUCUUGCUCAGUUUGUGGUCAAAGAUUCACUCGGAAGGGACACUUAAAAAGACACACAAGAACGCACACUGGUGAGAAACCUUUUUCCUGCUCAGUUUGUGGCCAAAGAUUCUCUUAUAAGGAUCAGGCUAAGACACACAAGUGUCCUGGUGAGAAUAAAAGCGAUCAAGAUGCUUUUAAUGAAAAUGUAAAUGUUGAAUCUAAAAAGUAAUUACUAUGUUACUGAUUUACAAAAAUCGACCUUCUUGUAUUCUGUGUACCAGAUUGUAUUCUAUCUUCUUCUUCUUCAUAUAUUUUCUAAAAGCCUCCAGCAGGCUAGUGUUGAGAAUUAGCACUGGUGCCAAAAUACUAGUUACAGGCGAGAACAUGGGCACUAAUUCCACAGUUCUGGACUCAUAAAUGAUGUCUUCAGAAAAAGAGCCCUCCAAAAUAGACUCAGUAGUAAUUUUAGAAUCACUUUCUGAUUAAAUAUUCAUCAUCACGAGCAGGAGCCAAUUACAUUUCCUCAUUGAACUUCUGUUUUCUAUGGUGUAAUGUUUGUCCAUAUUGAAAGUCUGGGUGAAUUUUUUCGAACAGUAAUGAAUGAAAAUGCUGAUAGUGAAAUAUGUCGGAAGCCUUGUAGACGAGUGAAGAACCGAGAGAGCAGAAAUAACAUGAAAGCGAGAGAAGGCGGGAGCCAGGGGUUAAGUGCCCCGGGGGCGUGACAAAGAGGGACCAGACAAGACCACACCCAUCAGUUCGAAUCUCGUCUAUAAUUUUGAUAAAUGUGGUGUAAAGAUCAUAUCUUAAUUCUCAAAAUCUCGUAAUUGCACUUGUAAAGUUGACACAUUGACGCAGACAUCCAGGCGUACAUUUGGAAUAAUUCCGCAGAGUUCGUCAAAUAUCGAAACAGACAUUUAUCCUCGGUUAAACAUCAAAUGAGAGUUAACGGGUUGCGGUUCCUUUCGACGCCAGCGGGUGUCGCCUUGUCCCAGCAUGUGUUCCUAUUUAAGAGGCAGGUGGUCCGGUGGAAAUAUCCGGGGGCCUUUGAUGCUUGGGAGUUCAGACUUGGAGGGUAGAUGUCAAUUAGUUUAGGGUCCACGAGGCGUCUCCUCGGGGCAGUCGCUCAAUUGUGAAUUGAUUGCACCACAGAUGUAUCGUAUAUGUGUGCGUAUAUAUAUAUAUAUAUGUACGAAUAGAUCACAAAGGCCUUUCUGGAGGUGACAUUUUGUGACAGACGUGGACUUUGGGCGGCUGUCGUAACAUCGGAUGACCCAUGGACGAGGGUCUGCCGGCCGAACGUGUUACGUGGCUUUAUGUCUUGUAAUUGCAGCUGAUCUGAUUUGAUCUCAUCCAUAUAAUCUAAAACAAAAUGGACUGAUUGCUGUCAUAUUUUCAGAGGUUGAAGCUUCCAAGAGUAAAGAUGUCCGCAGAAAUUAUGGUGAUGAUUGUUGACAGUUUUUGGGUCUUAAGCCGCUUUUAUUGGGUUCAGGCAGUGAGGCACAUUCAAUUAGUAAUGGAACAUAAUUUUGGGGUACUAGCUGUUCUUCAUGUGAUGCAAUGAUACAGUAUAUGACAGCAAUAUAAGAUAUAUAGUAAUACCAAUUUGAACAAAGUGGCGCUUGGAAACACAAGCAAGCUGUAUUUUGUCAUUUUUUGUUUUUGGAAAAGGUGAGGGGAUUCCACCUGACAGCUACGACAUAUAAAAUGACUCAUUACUGCCACUUCGAAGUAUACAUGCGCUGAAAAAGCAGCGUUCCAAACGCAAUUCGUUAUUUACCAAUUGAUCCAAAAAGUUUGGGAUAUUAUUGGAAAUGACUGCCAGUUUAAUUUUCUUGAGCAAAAAAUACAUAAAUCAGAAUCGGAAUCAUCUUUAUUGUUUGAGUGAUGUCAAUAUCAAAUAAGUGAUUGAUUGUAAAGAAACUUUGACUUUUGGUGGUGAACUGCAAAGUGUAUUCGUAAUCCUGAUUAAAAUACACUCAUUUAAACAGUGA